AUGAGGCUGAACCUUUCAACGAUUUGGAUAUUCCGUGGCUGGAUAACAUGUGUCAUUGUCACCUUUUACGCACAGAACGGAGUCUCCAAAUCUCUUCAGUGUGAUGAUAAACAUUAUCUAAAAGGCUCCAAAUGCUGUGCCAAGUGUAAACCAGGCUACCGUUUGUUUUCUGAGUGCAAUGGUUCCAACGAGACACAAUGUAUUAAAUGUGCCCGUGGAGAAUACCAGCCCGGCUGGACUCAAGAGACGCGCUGUCUUCAGCAGAAGUUCUGUGAUCCAGGUAAGGGCUUCAUGCCAAGGCCUGAAAACCUUGAGGCAGAGGAACCAUGUCGCUGCCAUCCUAACUUCCAGUGCUUUCCCAUCAACUGCGAGUACUGUGAGAGGAUGCCCACCUGCCAAACUGGUCAUGGACUCGAGUUGGACCCUGAGUCAACUAACGGAAGGAAGAUUUGUGUUCCGUGUAAGAAAGGCUUCUUCUCUGCUGACAACAGUGCUGAACAAUGCAAACCAUGGACUAAUUGUAAGGCUGAGGCCAGGAGUGAAAAACGGCCAGGCGGCGCUCAGACUGACGCAGUGUGUGGACCACAUGUCACUAGUGCAGCACCCUCCUGGGUUCUAGUUUCAUUGCUGUCAGUCAUCACUGUUCUCUGUUUGCUCAUCCUGCUCCUCUUCUGCUACAAGGACAAACUGAAAUUACUCUCUGUAAAUCUGCGCUCCUGUGUUCAGAAUCUGAAGAGGACUAGAAUACAACAGGAGACCUUGGCCCCUCUUUACCACAGCGGAGCAGCAGGAGGAUUAGGAGGCGGCCCAGGAAAUACCAAAUGUACACCAUGUGAGACGUCCAAACUCAUUUGCCAAGCCCCCCACAACCCUGCUGAUGAGACCCCAUGUACCUAUCCCACCACUGUUACAGAUGUGAAGGUGUCACUGCCCCUAACAGGGAAUAUGACAGAGAAAGAAGGGAUAAAGGGGAAGACAGUGAUGGAAGAACAGAGCGAAAGGUCUGGGGAACCUGAGGAGGUGUCUGAAGAAGAGGAAAUUGUGAGUGUGUCUCCACUGUUGGCAGGCUCUUGUCUGUGUGUAAUGUCGGCACGUGAGCCACUGGAAGUAGGAGAGAAUGAGGACUGUAGCCAGGCUGUCAGCUCUGGGAUUCCCAGAAACUGCUUCUGUGGAGGGCUGGAUGCAGAUGAGAGGGGGAAAGAGGAAAAAAAAAAGGUUAAUCUGUACAAGAGUGAGACAAGUGUUUCAUCUCUUGUCUCUUUGUCUCCUCCUCUCCACCACACCUCCUCUGUAAUCCCACCAUCCAGCCCACAUCCUGAACUCUGCCUGCCGUUGUCUCAGGCUCAGGCAAGGCCAGAGUUCAAACCCCACCUGAAAGACAGGUCACUAGGGAAACAGGAGGAAUUAUAUAGACUCGUAAGCACAGACUCCUCCUCCACAGUGAAUAGCACCCCCAGUGCAGCUUCUGUGAUGACUUCAGUCAGCCCUUUGAUGACGUCCUCAUCUGUCGGAGAUCUCUAUAUGGACAAGCCCAUGGAGUCCUCAAGCCAGGAGCACGGCCAGGGACUUUCCUGGGGUGACAGCAGAGGAAACAAGCUCUCUUCUGGGGACUCGGAGCUGGAAUGCCCACCUGAGAGUCUUCAGAGUCAGCUGGCAGAACCAACUCUUACCUCAGGUCAGGUGUCUGGGAACAACAACACCACCUUCAUCUCCAGCGGUCAGGUGAUGAACUUCAGCAGUGACGUCAUCGUCGUCUAUGUCAGCCAGACAUCUUUUGGCAGUGAUGGGGCAGAGCUGGACGAUGCAUUCGGUAGCCCCGUCCAGGAAGAGGCCAGUGAGACAGCUCAGUUUUUCGAGAGUAGUCUGAGGUCACCAGGGGACUCCAUUACCCACAGCACCUUGCAAGAAGAGACACUGCUUGUCCGAGAAGUGAUGGAGGAGCGGCCACGUGGAAAGUGA